GGCUGCUUCUUAUUCUCCUUUCUCCUUAGAUUCUUCUUUGGCCGCUUCUUCUCAUUUCUCCUUAGAUUCUUCCUUGGCCACUUCUUCUUCCCCUUCUCCUUUCUCCUUAGAUUCUUCUUUGGCCGCUUCUUCUCCCCUUCUCCUUUCUCCUUAGAUUCUUCUUUGGCCGCUUCUUCUUCCCUUCUCCUUUCUCAUUAGAUUCUUCUUUGGCCGCUUCUUCUUCCCCUUCUCCUUUCUCCUUAUAUUAUUCUUUGGCCGCUUCUUCUCCCCUUCUCCUUUCUCCUUAGAUUCAUCUUUGGGUUCUUCUCCCCUUCUCUUUUCUCCUUAGAUUCUUCUUUGGCCGCUUCUUCUUCCCCUUCUCCUUUCUCCUUAUAUUAUUCUUUGGCCGCUUCUUCUUCCCUUCUUCUUUCUCCUUAGAUUCUUCCUUGGCCACUUCUUCUUCCCCUUCUCCUUUCUCCUUAGAUUCUUCUUUGGCUGCUUCUUAUUCUCCUUUCUCCUUAGAUUCUUCUUUGGCCGCUUCUUCUCAUUUCUCCUUAGAUUCUUCCUUGGCCACUUCUUCUUCCCCUUCUCCUUUCUCCUUAGAUUCUUCUUUGGCCGCUUCUUCUUCCCCUUCUCCUUUCACCUUAGAUUCUUCUUUGGCCGCUUCUUCUUCCCCUUCUCCUUUCUCCUUAGAUUCUUCUUUGGCCGCUUCUUCUCAUUUCUCCUUAGAUUCUUCUUUGGCCGCUUCUUCUCCCCUUCUCCUUUCUCCUUAGAUUCUUCUUUGGCCGCUUCUUCUUCCCCUUCUCCUUUCUCCUUAGAUUCUUCUUUGGCCGCUUCUUCUUCCCCUUCUCCUUUCACCUUAGAUUCUUCUUUGGCCGCUUCUUCUUCCCCUUCUCCUUUCACCUUAGAUUCUUCUUUGGCCACUUCUCCUUUCUCCUUAGAUUCUUCUUUGGCCGCUUCUUCUCCCCUUCUCCUUUCUCCUUAGAUUCUUCUUUGGCCGCUUCUUCUUCCCCUUCUCCUUUCUCCUUAGAUUCUUCUUUGGCUGCUUCUUCUCCCCUUCUCCUUUCUCCUUAGAUUCAUCUUUGGCUUCUUCUCCCCUUCUCUUUUCUCCUUAGAUUCUUCUUUGGCCGCUUCUCCCCUUCUCCUUUCACCUUAGAUUAUUCUUUGGCCGCUUCUCCCUUUUCCUUAGAUUCUUCUUUGGCUGCUUCUUUCCCCUUCUCCUUUCUCCUUAGAUUCUUCUUUGGCCACUUCUUCUCCUUUCUCCUUUCUCCUUAGAUUCUUCUUUGGCCACUUCUUCUCCUUUCUCCUUAGAUUCUCCUUUGGCUGCUUUUUCUUCCCCUUCUCAAUACCUUUCUCCUUAGAUUCUUCUUUAUGAUAACUGACUACAUGUAUCACUUUGAGUCAGAAAUUCAAGUCUGAUCUCUCUUGUUUGGGUCCCAUUGCAUGAAUGUUACAAUUAUGUUAACUUUGCCAUCCAAUGGUAACUUUAAUAGAUUCCUCAAUUUUGAUCGGCUGUUGAGCGUCAUUACCAUUAUGAUGGUAGUUACCAUAAGAUGGCAAAAUUACCACAGUAGUAACUUUUAUGCAAGGAGCCCCUGGUAGAUACCUUGAAUGAGAAAGUUAAACGUGUGGUCAGAUUGAAAAAAAAUUGUUAGUUGUCGACUGUUUGUAUUUUCAAUUUUGUUUUUCUUUAUUUUUUUCUUGAUUCUUUAAUUUCAGCACCUCAGUUGGUUCACCAUGGCAAGAUUGAUUAUCUUGUAUUUGAUUACCUGUCAGAGAUUACCAUGUCUCUUCUGGCUGCUGCCAGGAGGAAAAACCCAGAUAUGGGAUACGCACCAGACUUUGUGCAGGUGAUCAUCAAGCAUUUGCUGCGCGAUAUCAAGAAGAAAGGCAUCAAGGUCAUCAGCAAUGCUGGCGGUAUCAACCCUCAUGCCUGUGCCAAGGCUAUCAGGGAACUAGCAAAGGAUGCGGAUAUUGAUAUCAAGGUCGCCGUCGUCUCCGGAGACAACCUCAUGGUCGAUAAAAAGUCGGUGUAUGCCACAGACCCCAAAGAUCUUGAUUCUGGAAGUCCUUUGCCUGAAUCGCUUGUUACAAUGAAUGCAUAUUUGGGAGCAACACCCAUAGCGAGGGCAUUGGACUUGGGUGCUGAUAUAGUAGUGACUGGUCGGUGUGUGGACAGUGCUGUAGUACUUGGACCACUCAUGCACACAUUUGGCUGGUCACCUGAGGAUUACAACACCUUGGCUGCGGGCAGUCUAGCUGGUCAUCUGGUUGAGUGUGGGGCUCAGGCCACUGGAGGUAUCUUCACCGAUUGGCAUCUGGUACCUGAUUGGGACAAUAUUGGUUUCCCAGUUGUCCAAGUUGCCCCCGAUGGCAAGUUUGUCCUCACCAAGCCCCCCAAGACCGGGGGUCUGGUCAACAAAGCAACGGUCGGUGAGCAAUUGGUCUAUGAGAUUGGAGAUCCCAGGGCGUACAUGCUUCCUGAUGUGACCUGUGACUUCAGCCAGGUCAACUUAACAGAGGUCAAAGAUGAAAGUGGAGAUGGCGUCCUAGUGACUGGUGUAAAAGGCUACAACCCCAGCGAUAGUUACAAGGUCAGCGCAACGUACCUAGAUGGAUACAGGGCCACUGCUGUAUCAACAGUUGCCGGCCGGAAUGCUGUUGCCAAGGGGAGACGAACAGCAGAAAGUCAAAUCAAAAGGAUUAGAAGAAUAUUCAAGAUGUUUGGAAUGGAAGACUUUACAAGAGUCCGCAUACAGAUGCUUGGUUCAGAGGAAACGUAUGGAGCUAAUGCUAGAGACCUGAACCCAAGAGAAGCUGCUAUCUGGUUAGCAGUAGAACACCCGCAGAAAGAAGCCUUAGGCAUCUUUGCUAUGGAGCUUGCUCCAGCCGGUACAGGCAUGGCUCCUGGUUUGACUGGCCUGAUUGGUGGACGACCAAAAGCAUCACCGAUCUUGAAGCUUCAUUCAUUCCUCUACCCCAAAGACAAGGUUCCAGUAAAAGUUGACGUAGAUGGUACAGAAGAAGAGUUCACUGUGUUGUCCAAUCAAGGAACAGAAGCAGGAAGCUCCUCCGACCUGGAGCCCGCCCCCGUUGGUGACCUUGAGACAGGUGAACAUACGUUUGAUGUUGGUCAACUGGCGUACACUCGCAGCGGAGACAAAGCCAAUUCUGCCAAUAUUGGUGUGAUUGCCAGACAUCCAUCUUACUUGCCUUACCUGAAGAAAGCGCUCACAUCUCAAGCUGUUCAGGAGUACUUCCAGCAUGUCUUUGAACCAACAGAAGAAGGAGAAGAAUUGGUCACCAGGUAUGAGCUACCUGGCUUGGAUGCACUUAACUUUGUGCUCAAGAAGUCUCUGGGAGGUGGAGGUGUUACAUCCUUAAGGAGUGAUCCCCAGGGUAAAGCAUAUGGACAGAUGCUCCUUGACUUCAAGAUAGAGAACGUGCCGGACCUCAUCUCACGGGCAAAAGAGUGAACGAGACUGAUGACGGAAAUGUUUAAAGAGAAAAUACGAUUGUUGGAAAGACAGAGAUAAUUAUUUUGAACUAUAGAAAUGAAUUAUCAAUCUCUUGCAAUGAUUCGUAGGACAGAAUAUUGUAUUAAAUUGGUCCUCUGCAAAGGAUUGCUUUUCAACUGCCCUAAAAUAGCAGCUGAAAUGGUCUGUCCGAACAUUUGUAGUAGUCCCAUGCGUGGUGACUCUCAACAGAAUGGAGCCAGUUCAUUUUUUAUCAUGUGGGGAUUCUAGUGCCUUACCGCCAACUCUGCUUUUUGGGUAUAACCUCUCUUAAUAAUUGCGUUGAGGCAGUUUCUUAUCUACUAAAAAUCACAAUUUGAAUUGCUACAUUUUCUUUAAACUAUUGUGCCUCAUGUGUACUUGGCUGUAUUUAAAGGUAUGCCUAUUAUGUUUUGUAUGACUAUGCAGUUGCAGAUUAGAGAACUCUGUAGGACCAGUCAUUCUGUCAUUUCUCAUUAAAGUAAUCCUCUUUUGAUUGAGUGUACAUGUCGGUCCAAUAACCAUAGUAUCAAUCAAGUUUGCCAAUCGAAGUUAUAACCUAUUCAAGUAGGUCCAUCGUUUUAUACCGCUUUCAUCAAAACUGAUUAUUUAAGUCAAUAAUUCUGUACGUUUAGGAUUAAAUCUUCUUAAUUCUAAGUCUAGUGAAAGUAGAAAAAUAUAACAAAGAACAAGGAGUUCCUUUCAAUAAUAACUGUGAGUUUAAGUAAUCUGUGCAUUCCAAAUGAAGAACUUUGCGGGAUCUGUAUAAUAUUGCAUUUAAAGGAAUAUGACAGAAAAUAAGAGUUUUGACCAAUGUUCAAAUUAUAAUAUAUUUGGUGUUACACUUUGUAAGUGCAUAAGAAUCAAUGUGACCAAUAUUAGAGGCAUGUUCUGUAGUUACUGGAUGAUUACAUUUAUUAUCAUGGUUAUUCUAUUUAAUGGCGAUAAUGUGCAAGUGUGUGAUAAGGUAAUUCCAGUAUUCAGUAUGGCACUUGUUCAACAAGUCUUUGACUUUCUCCCAUUAUUAAGUUUUUUUUUAAUUUGUCCUCUAGAAUAAAGUUAUAAUGUAGUGUUUUUAUGUUCUGUAAAAUGAUUGAAUCAUUUUUUUCUUUACUAGUAUUCCAUUCCUGUUGAUAAAUCAUUAUUAUCAAUUAUAUUCAUUUGGUCAUGCUUUCAAAGUGCAUGUGUGUAUAUGUUUGUUAAGGACUUGAGAUUGUAUCAUAAAGUAAAGACUUAAAGGAAAAUGAAACUUUUGGAACAAGAUGGCUGGUGUGAAAACAGAAAAAUAAAAAAUUCAGAUCAAUGAAAGUUUGAGAAGAAUUGAAUGAAUCAUAAGAAAGUUAUGAGCACUUGAAGUUUAGAUCAUUAUUGUAAUGUAGUUCCCAUUGGCAAUGCGACAAAGAUGUGUGAUGUCACAUGUGAACAACUUUCCCAUUGCUUUUGUAUAUAUUUCACUAAAAAUGUCUUUUUUGUUACAUCUAUCAAUAGAUCUUGAUUUUUUUUCUAUACGAGGGCUUAUAAUGCAUAUUUUCAAAGAAGAUAUUAUGGAUAAAGACUUUUUAUGACCAUUUUGGGGGUAUUUUAUAGUUCAUCAAAGGGGAAGUUGUUCACAUGUGCUCAUAAUUUGUCAUUAUUUGUCCGAUUUUUCUCGAACUCUUUGAUCUUAUUCUUUUAUUUUUCUCUUUCCACUCAAGCCCACUUGUUCCAAGGGUUUCAUUACUUCCCCUUUAACUAAAAUUCUGUUUACAAAAAUAUAGAUGUUAUCUUGUGUAAAAGUUUGUUAAACGUUAUCUUUCAUCAUGCUUGUCUGAUUGCUUGCUUGCUUACUACCCAGGGGAGUGUUUCAUAAGGCAACUUGCCAGUGAUUGUCAAUUUGCUCUCAGCCAAUCAGAUGCAAUCUUUUCAGUAGCUUAUAACAAUUAUAGGUGAAAAUCCUUGACUGUUUGUUUUCAUGAAAUACUUCCCAGAUUUCCUUUUCAUCUGUGAAAGAAUAUCUUAUCCCAUUACUUAUAAUAAUAUAGGAUUUGUAUAGCGCACAUAUCCACCUUGGUAGGUGCUCAAGGUUCUCCUAUAUUACCCCGGCUAAGCUAGUCUACCGAUUCUGGUGUGCCCAGCUUUUUGAGGAAUUACUUCCUGCCGGUACCCAUUUACCUCACCUGGGUCGAGUGCAGCACAGUGUGGAUAAAUUUCUUGCUGAAGGAAAUCACACCAUGGCUAGGAUUCGAACCCACGGCAAGAGUCAGAACCACUUGACCACGACGCGCCCACAUUAUUAAGGGUGAUAAUUCAAAUGUUUGUCAUAAUAUGAAUUAUGAAAAAAAAAUUCAAGUCAUUACUCUAUGCAGGUAAUUUUGUAACGGUUUGAAAAUGAUAUUAAUAAUCAGCACUUGGCAUGAUGUUCUAAUCUCAGGGAUAUUUCUUGUCUAUUUAAUUAUGCUGAAGAAAUGCAUAAUGAAAUUAAAAAAUGCUUAUGGUUUGUGUUGAAUAACUGACUUCAUCAAAUUAAAUUAGAUCAAAUCAAGAAUGAUGAAGAUUUGUUUUAGUACACUGACCUAGCAGCAUACACAUCUCAUUGCAUAAACCCUUGAGAAAUUUCAUUUGUUCUUAUGGAUGCCAAGUUAUUAAGUGUUUAAAACUGUUAUUUGAAUAAAACAAACACCAUGUUGCUUGUUUGAUGAAAUUAUGACAAUUUGGGGUUAUUUUUUUAAAUGAAAGCAUGCAUAUUAGAAAAUCUAUUAUUAUAAAAUGUGUAUAAGUGGUAGUUAUGGUCAUUCAUUGUAAAUUGUAUUUGUUAAAAUUGUCAAAGUAUAACUUUUAUAUCGGUGAUCGUGGUUGUCAUUCACCUAUCAUUGGAUUCUUUUAAAUUGAAAUGUUAAGACUUUAUAAAUAAUACAAGAGAAAAGGAAAAUGAA